AUGCUUAUUGCCUAUAUGCCCUGCACCGGUUUUAUCACUAUGAGCCUUGCUGCCACAUUUAUGUUUUCUGGACACCAACGUUUUUUGUAUGAUUCUAGACUUUUAGUUGAUAAAGAUGUCCCAAGGGGUAUGUUAGGGCGCAUCUGUUAUUUUGAAAUAUUUUUUGAUCACAUAGUACUUGGGGUUAAAAGUAUAUGAAGUUAUUUGAGGGUGAUGUUAUUCUAAUUUACAUCUUAUCUCAUAACACGAAGAUAUUAUAUUAUUGACAAUUAUUGUUCCACUGAUUAUUAUUGGUACAUAGAUCGGGGGGGCCGGCCGGCGGGGGGGGGGGGGGGGGGGGGGGGGGGGGGGGGGGGGGGGGGGGGGGGGGUGGGGGGGGGGGGGGGGGG